AGGCGCAGAAAGCGCUGCCUGUACCCAACGCGCACGCGCAUGGAGGGCCGCACGAUCCCCCAGAAGGAUCCCCGCGGGACUGCAAUGCUGUGGCGGGGCCCAGUGGAACCCAUCAUCUUCCUCGCCAACUUCGCCUUGGUGCUGCAGGGCCCGCUCACCACGCAGUAUCUCUGGCACCGCUUCAGUAGCGAUCUUGGGUACAAUGGCACCCGCCACAGGGACAGCUGCAGUAACCGCACCGUGGACCCCAUCAUGCAGGAAGUGGAGACUCUCACCUCCCACUGGACCCUCUACAUGAACCUAGGCGGCUUCCUGGUGGGUCUGUUCACCUUCACCCUGCUGGGUGCAUGGAGCGACUGCGUGGGCCGCCGACCACUGCUAGUGCUGGCCUCCUUCGGCUUGCUACUCCAGGCCGUGGUGUCCAUCUUUGUGGUGCAGCUGGAGCAUGUCCACGUUGGUUACUUAGUGCUGGGCCGCAUCAUCUGUGCCUUGUUCGGUGACUUCAGUGGUCUCCUGGCUGCUGGCUUUGCCUCUGUGGCGGAUGUCAGCUCUAGCCGGACCCGCACCAUCCGAAUAGCGGUGCUGGAAGCGUGCAUCGGGAUAGGGGGGAUGCUGGCCAGCCUCCUUGGAGGCUACUGGCUGCGGGCCCAGGGUUAUGCCAACCCUUUUUGGCUGGCCUUGGCCUUGCUAAUAGUCAUGACUCUCUACUCAGCAUUCUGCUUUGGCGAGACGGUGAAGGAGCCAAGGCCUUCCCGGCUCUUCACAUUGAGACACCACCGAUCCAUUAUCCAGUUGUACCUGAAUCCUGCCCCAAAGAAGUCCAGAAAGCAUUUGGCCCUGUAUUCAUUGGCCAUCUUUGUGGUGAUUACUGUGCACUUUGGGGCCCAGGACAUCCAGACUGUCUAUGAGCUGAGCGCACCCCUCUGCUGGGACUCCAGGCUGAUUGGCUAUGGUUCUGCAGUUCAACACCUCUCCUAUCUCACCAGCCUGCUGGGCCUGAGGCUUCUACAGUGCUUCCUGGCUGAUGCCUGGGUGGCUGAGAUUGGCCUGGCCUUCAACAUCCUGGGGAUGGUGGUCUUUGCAUUUGCUACUGUCACACCCCUCAUGUUCACAGGUUACGGUCUCCUUUUCCUGUCACUAGUUAUCACACCUGUCAUGCGAGCCAAGCUUUCCAAGCUGGUAAGCGAAUCUGAGCAUGGUGCCCUUUUUUCUGCUGUGGCCUGUGUGAAUGCUGUGGCCAUGCUGAUGGCCUCUGGCAUCUUCAACUCACUCUACCCAGCCACACUGAACUUCAUGAAGGGGUUCCCCUUCCUUCUGGGAGCUGGCCUCCUCCUCAUCCCUGCUGUUCUCAUUGGGGUUCUGGAAAAGACCUAUCCUCACUCUGAGUUCCAGCAGUUUUCCCAGAGUCCCUGAGGAUAAAGGGUGCAGAAGUGAAAGGAGUACAUCUCUAGGACCCCAGCUCAUCAAAAAGCAGUGCUCACCAUGGACAGGAUGGUCAGGCGAGACCAGACCCCACCUCGUAGCUGUGCCAACCACUGACUCCAAGAUGUAGAACUAUAAUCCAGAAGGACCAACUUAGGGGGUGCCAUUCAGCAGAGGGUGUAUUUUCCCUGUAUUCCAUCUGUCACUUAGCACCUUCCAGGGGAGAGAAAGGUCCUGGUGAGAUGCCUUAGAUGAUGUUAACACCAGGAUCACCAGGGAGCACAGUACAGUGCUCAUCUCCUGGUGUGCAGCUGCCAGUUAGUUGCUCCUUAAUGCUGAAUAUGGUACCCAGUGACUGCCAACCUUGUGGGGGAGGAAGGGUUAUAGGAUGGACCAGGUGUCCUUUAGAGGGGGGAGUGUUGCUACUUCUGGUAGGGAUUGGCCCUUGGCUAUGGCCCGUCCACUCCUGUGCUUAGCAGUGCCAACAACACAAUAAAUCAGUAAAAUCAUA